GAUGCAAUAUUAAUGAACACAGAAGCUCGCAGGCGGGUAUGGUAAGUAGCAUGACAUUUCCCGAUCAGGUGCAGAGUGGAGCCAAUCACAGCACACACUGACCCAGCUAACCAAUCACAGCUCAUUUCGUAUUUCAGAAGGCGGGCCUUCAUGUGAUACAGGAACUAUUUGAGCCGUUCAUGCCAGACUGGGGAGACAGGUGUUGUAAUAAUGUAAAACAUGUGGAAAAUAAUGUGUUUAUCAAACAACCUAGUAUGUGAGCCUGUUCUAGCACACCCCCAAAACAAAAUCAAGACUUUGUAAAAGAGCAUAAUAGGACCCCUUUAAAUGAAUUAAGUGUGCUAACCUCUUAGUCCUUUCUUUAUUAGGGCACAGCUUUUAUUCUAUAACUGGGAUGGACUUGUGCUGUUCUCUUACUGUUGCGUUUAAAGUCAUGGGGAAAAGACUAUAGAUCUGUUCCCCACUCAACUAGACAUGUCCUGGAUAAGUACUUCAAAGUAUCAAAGAACCUGUCUGUCUGUGUACUAACUCCAUGGAGACAAAUCAGACUGGUCUGCUUCAUAAAAAAAAGAGUCCCUUCUCUCUUCUCUUUUCAGUGGGGUUACAGAGAGAGAGGGCCAAAAAAACAACAGUGAGUAGUGAGUGAAAAAUGUAGCAGGGUAAUACUGUGCUGUUUAUAUAAUGCAGAUUCCAGGCGAUGAGGGGAGUUCCUCUAUAGUUCAGUGGUGGCCCAGCAGGAUAAUAUUCUGAUUACAAUGAUCUAGAUCUAGUCUGCCAAUUACAUUCAGUGCUGCAGAACUCCACAGCAUUCCUCAUAAACCAGGGCUUUGUCUCUAGGUAUGGCUGUCGUCAACAACAUUUAACUGGCUUUUAUUUUCCUACUGUGUGAACAGACACAUUCAUUUCUGCAGGCUGCUGGAACAGUAAGCAGUUUAGCAGUUGAAAACAUCACAUCUUAAAACUGAGAUGUUCAUCACUUUGAUAUUUGGUGAGGGAAGAGAGGAGAUACUGAACCUAAACUGCAAGGUUAUAAACUUCAUCCACUGUAUAAAAGAAAAAUGCAAUCUGGAUCCCCAAGAGACUGUGGACUUGAUGGACAGGACGGGAGAGCUGGUGAACUUGUCCGAGAGAGCGCAGAGCACAGACCUCAUCAGCAGUUUGCUGAAGGAGAGAGAGAGCUAUAUUCCAUUACGUGUAUCACGAGGUGAAGGCAGUGAAGUUCCAAUGUAUACUGCAGUGAAUGACUUUGGGACAAGUUACCCUGAGCUAGCAGAGAUUCUAAGAAAGCUGUCAAAUCCUUCAAAGGAGAGGGACAAAAGGGGUGGGGCAUCUAAAAGGGGAGGAGUCAGCCAACACCGCAUCAAAGCUGCUAUCAACUUUAAGAAAGCCAUCACAACACCUCGAAGCUGAAAACACUCUCUUACUAUUCCCUUGUGUUCUUUAACAAUGUUAUAAAUAUUUUAUUUAUAGGUUUUAUCAUAUACAUAAAUGUGAAGAAUAUUUUUUGUCUGUGUAUCUACACAACCAUUUGUUUGGAGGUCAGUAUGAUUAAAAAAAAAUAAAAUGAAUAAUUUUAUUCAGCAACAAUGCAUUAAAUUCAUUAAGAGAGAUAUUUAUAAUGGUACAAAAUAAUUAUAUUUUAAAUUAAUUCAGUUUUGUAAACUUUAUAUUCAAAGAAUCCACAUUCUGUUUUCAAUGUUUUCAACAUAAAAAUAAAUGUUUCUUGAGCACCAAAUAAGCAGAUUAGAAUGAUUUUUGGAGGAUCAUGUGACGCUGUGGAUUUAGGACUGAAAGAAUAAAUUCCAUUUUAAAAUAUAGUAAAAUGCAACAAUAUUUCACAAUAUCACAAAUUUUACUGUAAAUAAAUGCAUUUAUUAAAAUAAAUCUUACUGACACCACACACACACACACACACACACACACAAGCAGUAGGCUAUACACACACAGAUAUAUAUAUAUUGCAUUUCCGGUUUGAAAAUCUUGCUGUAUUUCAUCAUUAGAAAGCUGAAAAAGCAGAGGUAGGCCUA